AUGGCCGGUUUGUCGAGGUGAAUUGUGGGAUAGAAAGUCACAGACAUGGCGUCUCGUGCGCUUGCGAGCUGUGUGCGCUCGGUCGCUCGCGCCGCUGCAAGGUUAAAUCACGGCAGCGCGCCCCUCGUCUCCAGACAGCGACCUCUCUCAGUCCUGUCGUGCAGCCAGCGGACGAGGUGGACUCAGCCGGUGCGGAUUUCAGGCCCGUCUGUUCUUCAGCGUCGGCACUACGGGGAUCUUCCACCCCUCACUUUAGGGAGCAUCGAAGACCGUGUCAUGUACGUCCUCAAACUGUAUGACAAGAUCAAUCCAGAGAAGUUGCAAACAGUGUCUCACUUCAUGAAAGAUCUGGGGCUGGACAGUUUGGACCAGGUGGAGAUUAUAAUGGCUAUGGAAGAUGAGUUUGGAUUUGAGAUCCCAGAUGCAGAGGCAGAGAAGCUUAUGACUCCUGCGGAGAUCGUACAGUUCAUUGCAGAUAAAAAAGACGUGCAUGAAUAGAGGUACGGAGGAUCGACUCUGUAGUAAACGAUAUGGAUGUGGAUCGGCUGCAUCCACACGGUGUCCGGUUUCUGUCAUACCAUUUUCUCCUGUCUCUUGCUUAUGGAGUCAACUGCCUUGUUGUGUACUGUUGUAUUUAAUGAAAGUGUCACUAUAAAGUCUUGGGAACUCGAGCUGAAAAUAAAGCCAAGACUAAAUGUAA